AGUCUUCCCCCGAACCCGGCAGAAGUAGUAGCAAAGUUUUGGAGCAGCCCCAGGAGCCCCCAAAAGUCCUACUAGUCACUAAUCCCCUUGAUUGGGAACCCAGUGAAUCCAAGAGCAAGAUGCGUUUGUUCGUACUCGGCCUGCUGGCCCUGGGCUCGGUCCAGGCCUUCUCCGUUGUGAGAACCAUCCAACCCCGGCCAAAUCCUCAGCUGGUGGCCUAUGCACCGACCCGUGGCGAGUUUCCUGUGGCAAGUGGCCUAGCCCAGGGCUAUGUCCGCUAUCUGGACGGCACGGGAGCGGAGCGCCUGCUGGCCUACAACUAUCCCGAGCCGCUGCACGGCAUCCGUGCCAGCCCCAGCCUUUUGCGAUCUGGUCUGGCGGAAGAGCAGCAGGACACUGCCCUCUUUCGGGCCUGGUGCGAGCAGCGCUACAACGUCAUGCGCCUCGAACUGGAGCGCCUGCGCGCCCAAGGACUGAAGCCCUCGCCCCAAAUGAUGGCCCAGUUCGAGCCCCUCGAGCAGAUCGUCAAGUUCUCGGCCUUUGAUGCAGUGCCUGGUCUCAGUCCGGAGGUACAGCGUGCCCGUGACGAGCAGUUGCGUAUCUGGAACGAAGCGCGGCUGGAGACUCACUACACAGACUUCAAGCCCCAAGAGAACAUCGUCCAGGUGAAGACUGCCCAAAAGGAGGCGAUCCCAGUGAUCUACGGCCAGCAGCAACAGUACCAGAUCAAGAGCUCCAACCCUCUGGUGGCCACGAAGACUAUUGAGACACCGCAGACGCACUCCUAUGGACAGUUUGCUCCUAGUCCGCAGAACCCGUUCCUGUUGAAGGCUGCUACGAUUCCCGUAUACACUGGCCCCACCAACGAAUCACCCCAUCCCGUGGAGGAAACCCCAGAGGUGAAGCUGGCCCGCGAGGAGCAUCUCAAGCAGUUCAACGAGACCCCGGAGGUGAAGCUGGCCCGGAAAGAGCAUCUCAAGCAGUUCAACGAAGCUCUGCUCCGCCAACCUGCCAAUAAACCCAUCCUUAAGUCCACACUAGUACUGCAGCAGAAUCUUUUCACUCCUUCCCAUGCGAGCAUUAAGACCAUUCAGACACCUCAACCUGUGGAGGAGACUCCGGAGAUGAAGCUGGCCCGGGAAGAGCAUCUCAAGCAGUUCAACGAGGCCAUUCUCAGACAACCCAUUGAUGUUCAGCAGCAGCCGCUGAUCCCGAUUGCGCCCUUUGCUCCUUUCCCCAAUUUGAAGGCUGGCCUCGUCCAGGGUCCCCAGCCAAUCCAGGAAACUCCCGAAGUUAUUCGGGCCCGCGAGCAGCACCUCAUUCUGCUUGGCCAGGCCAAGCUGAAGGCCGAGGACAAGGUGGCCGAUAUCGAGGACCUGAUUCGCCUCGAGGAGCUCGAUCGGGACAACGAGAAGCUGCGGGAAAAGGAGCGACAAGAGAUGGAGCAGAAGGAGGCUGCACUGGAGCAAUUGCGGGAACAAGAGCGCCUCAGCCAGGAGACGCGCCUCCUCGAGACCGAACGUCUCAAGAUCGAGGAAGAAGACCGCCAGCGGCUGUACUCUGAGCGGGAGGCCGAGCAGCAGGAGCUGAAAAGCACCAACUACGAGACGGAGACUCCCACCGACAGCUCCCUUCCCAUCUUCCUGUAUGUCGGUGUCGUUGCCGAUGCCGCGCAGGGUAACAUCAAGAUCCUGGCCUCCCAGCCAGCUCCUGCUCCAGCACAGCCGCAAGGACAGACCAUCAGCCAGCAGCAGUCGGUCCAGAACGGAUUCUUCCUGCGCAUCGAAACGAAUCAGCCCAAUGCCAUCCAGAGCUCCACGGCACCAAUCAGUGGUCCAUCGAUUGUCUAUACGGACAAGGGACUAGGAAAUCCCUUCCUGGUUCGCUACACCGAACAGUUGCAGCAGCCACUCCAGGUCCUCCCAUCCUCCUCGGUUCCUAUCGAGAGUACUGGAGUCAGCGAACUGGAGCUGGCCACCCGGGAACACCUGCGUGCCCAUGAGAUCGCGCUGGAGCAGCUGCGUCUGGCCAAUCUGGGGAAUCCCUGGAACCCCGAUUGUGACCACUGAGAAGCGAGAUGAUCCUUAAGAGACCCCCUACCAUCCAUCCAAUUCGAUUCACUUGCAUUGCCCUUAGGAUAACCAAGACACCCACGAUAUUCGCACUAACAGUAAAACCCAUUAUUCACACUCACACUGACACCCACACCCACACCCUCAUACUGAUACUCAUACUCGUACACCUGCAUAGCUUAAGCUCCCAAUUCGAAAUGCAUUCAGUUGAUAUACAACGCAAAAACGAGA